AUGUCCUCCAAGAUCCCCGUGCUCACCGACAAGGCACCUAAGCCCCUCCCUGGUAUCUAUUCGCAGGCCAUUGUCGCCAAUGGUGUCGUCUAUUGCUCUGGGGCUGUCCCCAUGGACGCUGCUACUGGAAAGCUGAUUGAUGGCGAUGUCAAGGCCCACACUCACCAAUGCAUUAAGAACCUAACCCACGUUCUCGAAGAAGCCGGCACCGACAUCACCAAGGUCGUCAAGGUCAAUGUGUUCCUAUCGAACAUGGAUGAUUUCGCCGACAUGAACUCCGUGUACAUGCAAUACUGGGGCGAUGUGAAGCCCUGCCGGACGUGUGUUGCGGUCAAGACGCUGCCUCUCAACACCGAUGUUGAGAUUGAGUGUAUUGCUGUUCUGUAA